UGCCAUCGGGUAAACAUGGCUAUGCGCUGACAGCAAAACAUAGUUCCCGGAUUGCGAACUCCUGUUUUGUUUGGUCGGCAAUUUCGUCGGGAAACAAUCUGUGCCGUGCGAUAUCAUCAUGUCCUCAUAUCAUCUCAGCACACGAGAACGGCUACUGGCCAUCAUAAACGAUAUAGAAAUCGUUGCCAAGGAACUGAUUGAAAACACCAUCGCUCCGAAGGCACAGAAAAUGUCCAGUACCGAUCACGCUCAGCUGGUGGAGCUGCUCGUGUUGAAAGAUAAGGAAUUGAAAUCAACCCUCCAGCUAGCGGCCGAACAGGCUGGCAUUGAGAAGAACAUGGAUGCGUUACGGGAGCAGGUGCGGAAACAGGAUGAAGAGAUAAAUCAGCUUCAGAAGCAGCUGAAGGAAGCGGAACAAAUUCUUGCUACGUCAAUAUUCCAAGCACGACAAAAGCUGGCCAGUAUUACGAAGGCUAACAAAAGGCCAGUUUCUUCGGAGGAGCUUAUCAAGUUUGCCCAUCGCAUCAGUGCGUCACACGCGAUUUGUGCACCGCUAACCUGGCAGCAGGGAGACUUGCGCCGGCCAUACCCAACAGACAUUGAAAUGCGGCUAGGUUUUCUGGGAAAGUCGGAUCUUAAUAUCAAUGGACACAAUCUGCAGCAUCCCAACAGUUUGAACGAAAUGCACCGAAACACGUCCGUGUCAGGGGCAGCGGGUGGUGCUGGUGCUGGCGGUGAAAUUCCGGCCUCCGCACAGAAUCAGUUUGCAUGGCAUCCUUCCGGGGAGCUUCAUAUGUCGAUGGGUUCCGGUGGUGGAUCGGUUUCGCUGGACACACGGGCGCACAAGGAUGCAUCGCAGGAUGAUGUGGAAGUCAUGUCCACGGAAAGUUCCAGCUCUAGCUCUAGCGAUUCCCAAUGAGCGCUGGCACAGUGGUGAUUGUUUAGGAUUAAGUAUUUGCCGUGUAAUAUUAGCAUGUCGCAUGUCGUGACUGGAAAAUGAAACGAAACCCUCUACUGAUUUCUACCCAUGAAGCUUCUAUUUAUUUAUGAACCGACUUCAGUAGGCAAUGUGAAACAUGAGCGAAAUGAUCUAAAAGUUAAUAGUAAACAAGCAACAUUCUACAAGAGUAAACAAUCGUCAGCUGUUGUGGCUACCCUUUUCAAACGAUUUUUACAACGCGAUAUGAUUUGACUAAGUUUGAUGGACUUUAGUUUUCAAGGAAGCGUUAUCAGCUUUCCUCUAAAUGCAUCCAGAAUCAAUCGAUUAGCAACAUUUACGCACGGUAUUGAAUGAGCCAAAAAAGAAAAGAAAUAAAGCUCGAUAAUGAAGGAAA